AUGCCCACCCAGGUGCAGAACAUCUUCACAAAAUUGAAGUUACCUGAUUCUAUCGAACACAUCAUGGAGGAGAUUAUCACGAACGGGAUUGACCGGAACAAUAGUCCUAAGGACCCCCACCCUGCCUGCUCCAUUAAGAGCAACUUUUAUAUCGAACCCGUCACCCCGAAACACGGGAUUAACUUUUAUACCGACGGCUCAAAGACCAACACUGAAGUGGGGGCUUCGGUGGUCCUGGCGGACCCCCAAAGGGUGCUGCACUGGCAGGCAGCUUAUAGCUUAAAGCCUCAUUGCUCCAUUGCGCAGGCGGAGUCAUAUGCGAUCCUCCGCGCCCUUCGGUUUAUCAAGGAUAAUACGGACAAGUUCAAGAAGGUGGCCAUCAACAUUAUUAGUGACAGUCGGACUGCCCUACAUCAACUUAGGAAAGAAAACAGAAAAUUGCCCAUCGUGGAAGAAAGCCUGCAACUAAUCAGUGACAUUAACAGGUGCUCGGCCCUGAAUUUCUUCUGGGUACGGGGGCACUCAGGGGUGCCGGGGAAUGACCGAGCAGACCUGGUUGCCAGGAAGGCUAACCAGAUUGCCAGCAGCCACAGUUAUGCGGCAAUUUCCGUCUCUUACGUCUGGUCAGCCAUCCACAAGGCCCUGAUCAGACUACGGCAGAAGGAAUGGGACACCAGCAAAACUGGGAGGGUGACCCAUAACUUCAUUCCCAUCAUCGAGAACAGGAUAAAGAACCGGCAUUUUUCCACGGAUCACUCCCUCACCCAGCUGCUGUCGGCCCACGGGAACUUUGGCUCUUACCUGCGGAGGUUCCUGGGUAAGGGCAUCAGGCUCUGUGGCUGUGGGAUGGGGGAGGAUGAUGACCCCUUCCAUCUUAUCUUCGUAUGCGGAUAA